UGUAAAUUUAUGGAGUACUUGGAAGGACAAGCCAAGUCGUACAUCAACGCAAGGUUUCUCUUCUCUCCGCUUCCUACUCCUUUCUCUCUCUAAGUCUCAAAGUCCUUUUCCGCGCCUUUCUUUACGACCAUAUACGAUCUGCACGACUUCCGAAUAUUCUUCCUUCUCUCAAUCCUCAUCUCUUAAGGUAUCCCUAUAUACUUGGCACUUUCUCCGGCUUCAAACUCCAUUUUCGGCUUCUCAAGGUACACAUCCCCUGUACCCUCUCUGACAACUAUAAUUCACUUCUGACAACAGAACUCCUGUUCUAUCUCUUUUGAUCACACUCAAGCUAUGGAUAGCUGGAGGGUUGCUGUGCUUGGCGAUGGUGGUGUCGGUAAAACUGCUUUGGCCGUUCAGUUCACUCUCAAUUGUUUCGUUGAGACUUACGACCCGACAAUAGAAGACGCUUAUAGGAAGCAGUUAAUUGUGGAUAACAAGAUGUGCUUCGUCGAAGUCAUCGACACUGCUGGGCAGGAGGAGUACGCCACGCUGCGUGACCAAUGGGUUCGGGAAGGCCAGGGAUUUAUUCUGGUCUACUCCAUCGCAUCUCGGUCAACAUUUGAACGGCUGGACGUUUUCAGACAGUCGAUGCUCAAAGUUAAGCGCCAAAAACCUAUCUUCAUGCUGGUGGGCAAUAAGUGCGACAAGACAUACGAGCGUGAAGUCUCACGUGAGGAAGGCAUUGCGCUCGCUCGGACAUUUGGCUGUGAAUUCAUGGAAACGUCAGCAAGAACAGCAUAUAACGUCGAGCUACUUUUCACCAACCUAGUACGUGCCCUACGGCAGACGAAACGAUUGGAAUCUGGUGGAUCAGGGGGGAAACAGAGCGACAAGCAACCAAAGGACGGCGGCAGCAAGAAACCCAAAUGCGUGGUUAUGUGAAGGACAUCUUCUCUGGUUAUUGGCGACUUAGAUUUCAUACUCCCUUUACCUCUGUUUGAUGAUACCUCCACGAUUCUUCUGCUUUGUUCUUUUCGCUCGCUUUCGGGCUAUCAUGGUUUUCUUCUAGCUACAAUAUCACACGUCCCACACCUCACGCUGUGACUUACGCGAUCUAGUCCGCGAUGUAUUUUUCAAUGCACUGGCAAUUUUCUGGUACAGGUUGACAGGUUUGAUGAAUUUUGUACCUGGACUACGGAAUUGCUGUGGUCAGACUCGGACAUUCCCACUGCCG